AUGUGAGUUUGCAUAUUAUUUCAGUCAUAAGGAAGUCAUAAGUGUAAUAAUAUGAAAAUAAUAAGAAAUGUUGUAAAUAGAACCGUCUCUAUUUUCGCACGAGAAACGCUGUGAUAUUUUUAAAUUUUGCCGCUUUUUAGUAACCUGUUUGUAUUCUUUUUGCAACUUAACCCUACUUUAAUGAAUGUUUAAUGCAGUUAAAUGUUUAUCCUAACCAUCCAAAGGAAUGGGGUCCGAAAGUGUUGAUAAAGCGGAGUGGACUAAGUCGCUGACAAUAACGCUAAUUGGUUUGUAUGAACACCAUUUAUGCUUAUACGACGUAAAAAAUAAAUUCUACUCUAAUAAGCAUGCACGUGUGGAGGCCUUAAAUACAAUUGUCGGCAGGUUAAAUGAGGAACCUGGCGUCAACUUUACUGUGGACGAUGUGAAAAAGAAAAUUGCAAACUUACGGUCUCAAUUUAAUCACGAGCUAUCCAAAAUAAAUAGUAGUAAGCGUAGCGGGGGUGGUACAGAUGACCUAUAUGAGCCAAGUGUUUGGUGGUUUGAAUACAUGGCAUUUAUCAAGAAAUUCAUUAAGACGCGAAAGGGGAAAAGUAAUCUGGAGGAAUCACAAACUCAAAUGGACACAGCACAUAAUAAUUGUUUGUAUGAUGUGGAAACAACUGAAUCUGAAGCUGGGACUGCAAUGGAGUUUUCUGAAUCGGAACUGAUGAAUAACACUCAGAUAACUCAUGUACCAAAAAGCAAAAGAACGAAACAUGAAGAAGAUGGCAUACUGCAAAGUAGUUUGAAUAUUUUAUCAGAUAUACAAAACAGUAUUCAACCAACAGACGUUAAUACAAUGGAGUAUGCUAGAUAUAUAGCUAGGGAAUUAUUGACCAUUGACGAUGCAGAAUUACUAAACGACGCCAAGCAUGAAAUCAACAAUAUCUUAUAUUUAUAUAAAAAAAAGUUCAUACAAAAUGUUAAAGCAGGAGUAAUAUUAGAACAUAUUUAGUAGUCACAGUAGGUAUU